AUGCGCAAUUGUAAGGAGAGGAGGUUGAACAUGUGAUUUGUAUUUUGUUCAUCAUAACCUCUUUCUUUUGCAAAUUUGAAAAUAAAAUGUCGCCGAUAUUACAACCAUUUCAUACCGUAUAUUCGAAAAUUUCACUAAAUUUAAUAAUGAGGUUUUAUGCUACAAGGAAGAGAUUCUAUCGGAAAACUGGAAUUUUAUUCAGUGAUGGCAAGUACGAAAUUACAUUGGACCAGCGUAAGCUUAAAACACCGAAGGGUAACUUAUUUUCUGUAAGUAGUGAACCACUUGCAUUAGCAGUUGCUGCAGAAUGGGAUUCACAAAAAGAUAUAAUUAAGCAAAGUAAUAUGCAUUUGAGUACAUUAUGUAACACUGCAAUCGAUAAUCCUAACAAUUUAUCAAAAUACGAUAUGGUUAAUUAUAUUUUAAAUUCUUUAGAUACAGAUUUAAUACUAUUCCAUUCACAUGAAAAUGACGAACUAUAUAAACUCCAAGUGGCCGAAUGGGAUCCUAUUAUACAAUGGUUUUGCGAUAAAUUUCAGGUGGAUUUACAAAAAUCACGAAGUAUGGAAUCUCCUACAAUUUCACCAGAAACAAAAGCAGUCGUGUACAGACAUUUAAUUGCUUACAAUUUUGAAUGUGUAAAUGGAUUCGUUUACGCAAUAGACACACUUAAGUCUGUGUUAUUAACGGUAGCAUGUGUUGAACGCUCUUUAACACCCGAAAAGGCUGCCUUGCUGUCGAGGUUAGAAGAGGAAUGUCAAUUACAAAAAUGGGGACGUGUAGAAUGGGCACAUGAUCUUAGUCAACAAGAUCAGCAAGCAAGAGUUGCGGCAACUAUGUUAUUUAUAUACUUUAAUUCAACCUCAUGGAUAAAACAAAAUAAAACUAUAGGUUAAGUUGA